CUUGAUCAGACAAAGUCACGAUGCUUCACCCAUAUGUCGAAUUCAAGGAUAUACGAUUUCUUCUAUCUCGUACCUAACCUAGGUAUCUACGUAAAUCGUAUAAGUUACGUUACUACAUAUGUACAGCAGACAGGUAAGAAGCUCGGCGAGAAUGACAAGGGUGUCUAUUGGCUGCCUAAUACAACUUCAUCAUUCGAGCCGAGCUACCGCGCCGUUAUGCUCGCUUGCAAGUUAUGCCCUGUCAUCUAUCCAUCGGUACAAUACAGGGUGUGACAUACUGAACCAAACGCGGGGGAAAUAUAAUAAUACACAAAAACUUCUACUCAUAAUAGACGUCUAACAGUAACAGCAUCAACAAUGGCAUUAUCAUCAUCCGUCACAACACUGAUUCCCACCGGCGAUAUCUCACAAUGGUGUCUAUACCCCAGGAACUCCCGCGCAACCCUAUUCGGUCCCAGCUGCCCUCAACCCUAUGAAGAAGGCACUUCCAUCUCACCCGCCGACUUCCAGGGUAUAUGCUGCAACGGCGUCAUCGUCGACACCUCCUUCGACAUAUACAGCAACUCCUCGCCCAUCACCCCCUACUCCGACCCAAAUGCCGGGCCGCCCCGCCCCGUUAACCUGGAGGACCUGGUCUGCUGCGGCGUCACCGGCGUUCAGACCGCUGCUAUCAAUUUCACGCCCAGCCCUAGGACUGCCUGCGCCCCGGGUACCACUGGCACGCCGCUGGCCAGCUUGGCCGCGACGAACGUCACCCGGGCUACGCAAUAUCCCGUCACGUACGCGGAUAGCACUCCCCCGUCGAGCAGCGUUGAUGCGUCGGCCACCGUGACGAAUGAUCUCUGGGGCUGGGCGAGCCCGACGUACGGCGCGUCGGGAAUGCCUAUAUGUUUUCUGGCUAACACGAAGGCAAGCGGUGUUAACCUGGCUGAAGUGACGGUACCGGCAACGUAUCUUCCCCCGAUUACUUCGGCUACGGGCCCGGGCUCGGCUGCAGAGCCCACCUCGUCGCCUUCGGGCGCUGGAUCUUGGGCUGAGCCGAAGACUCGCCUGUGUCUUACACUGGGGCUCGUGACUAUUGCCCUGUUUAUAAUAUAGUGAUCGGCUUUGCUAAUUCUUUCUCUAUUCCUGUACGAUUAGAUGAGUUGGAAAUGAUGUACACGAUAUUUGGCAUGCUUAGUAUUUAUGAUAUCUUGAUAGAAAUGUACAAUUGUUAAUUACUAUGAUACGUCUUAUGAACGAUGAAAGUGUGGAGCGAUAGUUUCGUCACCAAUAAGACAU